AUGUUCGCCGUGCCAGGUUGGUCCGUCUCGGCGGCCAGUCUGAAGAGUGAAACUGCCAAAGAUGGCAAGGGCCCAGCCGGUGAGAAAGGCGACAAGAAGCGCAAGAGGGAGUCCGGCCCUACAAACGUCACAUCGGGAAAUGUCGCCCAGCUGUACGAGAGUGUGAUCGAGGGCAAGCCGGGGAAGAAGGCCAAGCUGGAUGCCAAGAACAAGAAGGAGAGGAAGAAGCAGAAGAAGCAGCAGGAGACUCAGAACCAGAGCGAUGCUCCCGCGAAGGAUGUCAGUGAUGAGAAGGCAUCGCCCGCGAAGGGCCAUGCCGCGCCGGGGCUCGCUUCCGGUGAGAAGUCAGAGAAACGAAACAAGAAGAAGUCCAAGGGCGAGACGCCGUCAAAGGAGGCUAAGCAGAGCGUUCCCGACAGCAAGGCAGUCAUUCCGGCUGCUGCAGCCGCUGCACCGGUACCUGCACCGUCCAAGCUCACGCCCCUGCAGGCUGCGAUGAGGGAGAAGCUGGUGUCAGCUCGCUUUCGACACCUCAACGAGACUCUGUACACCCGGCCAUCAAAAGAGGCCUUUGGCCUGUUUGAGGACUCGCCAGAGAUGUUCCAGGAGUACCACGAAGGGUUCCGACGACAGGUCAACGUCUGGCCCGAGAACCCGGUGGACGGCUACAUCGAGGACAUUCGGGUCCGGGCCCGGCAGCGCCACGCGCCGAAGGGCGGGUCGGGCGCCGCGCCGCUGCUGAGGACGAACGGGACCUGCACGAUCGCGGACCUGGGGUGCGGCGACGCCAAGCUGGCGGCAACGCUGCAGCAGGACAAGAAGAAGCUCAAGCUCGAGAUCCUCAGCUACGACCUGCAGAGCCCCAGCCCGCACGUGACGCGGGCCGACAUCGCCAACCUGCCGCUGGAGGACGGCAGCGUCAACGUCGUCAUCUUCUGCCUCGCCCUCAUGGGCACCAACUGGCUCGACUUCAUCGAGGAGGCCUACCGUGUCCUGCACUGGAAGGGCGAGCUCUGGGUCGCCGAGAUCAAGAGCCGCUUCGCCCCCGUCGGCAAGGGCAAGAAGGGCCCCGUCACCCACAGCGUCGGCAACCGCAAGAAGGUCCCGGGCAAGAAGGGCAAGAACCCCGAGGACGACGCCGCCCGCGAGGCGGAGCUGGCGGUCGAGGUCGAUGGCGCGGACGACCGCAGACAGGAGACGGACGUGUCCGCGUUCGUCGAGGCACUGCGGAAGCGCGGCUUCGUGCUGCAGGGCGAAGGCCAGGCGGCCGUCGACUUGAGUAACAGGAUGUUUGUCAAGAUGCACUUUACCAAGGGGGCGCCGGCUGUCGUUGGCAAGGGUGUGGAAGCCGCCAAAGACGCUGGCCGGCCUGUACCCAAGAGGGGGGCGGUCAAGUUCAUCGAUGCCGCAGAUCAAGGCACGGCGGACGAAGGGAGCAUUCUCAAGCCCUGCGUGUACAAGAUACGGUGA